UCUGCGUAGACCCCAGAGUCCCCCUACAGCACCAUGACUGGAAUGCUGAAGAGGAAGUUUGACCAGCUGGAUGAUGACUCUUCCUCGCUCUCCUCAUCCUCCUCCUUGUCUUCCUCUGGCCACCACUCUAACUCCUGCUCCCCAAGUUCUUCAGUCUCCCCAGACUGGGACUUCGAUGAGGAGGGUCCCUGGGAUCAGCCACCCCUGCCUCACCGGGAGUUCUGUGGUCCCCAGACCUUCACCCCACCAUCCAUCCUGAAACGGGCUCCCCGGAAGCGCCCAGGCCGAGUAGCUUUUGAUGGCAUCACCGUCUUCUACUUUCCUCGGUGCCAAGGCUUUACCAGCGUGCCCAGCCGUGGUGGCUGCACUCUGGGGAUGGCCUCUCGCCACAGUGCCUGCCGCCACUUCUCCUUGGACGAGUUUACAGAGGAGCAGUUGCAGGCACGGCAGGAGAAGCUCCGUCUACGCUUGAAGGAGGAGAAGCUGGAGAUGCUUCAGUGGAAGCUCGCAGAGACCAGCGUACCAGAGACAGAGGCCAGGCAGCCACUUACAGUGGAUGCGAUUGAUGAUGCCUCUGUGGAGGAAGACUUGGCUAUGGCUGUGAACCGCGGUCGGUUGGAGGAGAUGACCUUCCUACAGCCCUACCCCGCACGGCAGAGGCGGGCCCUUCUGCGGGCUGCGGGUGUGCGGAGGAUCGACCGAGAGGAGAAGCGGGAACUGCAGGCUCUGCGCCAGUCCCGGGAAGAUUGUGGCUGUCGCUGUGACCGAGUCUGCGACCCUGAGACCUGCAGCUGCAGCCUGGCAGGCAUCAAGUGCCAGAUGGAUCACACAGCAUUCCCCUGUGGGUGCUGCAGGGAGGGCUGUGAGAACCCCAAGGGCCGUGUGGAGUUUAAUCAGACACGCGUUCAGACCCAUCUCUUCCACACGCUCACCCGCCUGCAGCGGGAACAGGGGGCAGAGAGCUGUGGGGAGCUGGAGGCCCCCAUCCAGGAUGGGCCGCCCAGCCCUGGGGCUCAGGUCACGGCCCCUCCUUUCUCAUUGGCCAAGCCAUCUGUGAGCAGUGAGCUGGGAGACAACAGCAGUAGCAGCGACAUGACCGACUCUUCCACAGCAUCAGGCACUAGUGAGGCCCCAGACAGUCCUGCACACCCAGUCCUGCCCGACCCUGGCUUCCAGCCCAGCAUGGAUGACGACAGUCUGGCACGGAUCCUGAGUUUCAGUGACUCUGACCUGGGCGGGGAGGAGGAGGAGGAGGAGGAGGAGAGGGGCUUGGGGAGCCUCGACAUCCUCAGCUGUUUCCACCCAGCUGACAUCUUUGGUACUGGCGACCCUAAUGGCCUGGCUAGCUGGAACCACAGCUAUUCCAGCUAUAGCCUCACAUCAGGCGUCCUGGAUGAAAAUGCCAACCUGGAUGCCAGCUGCUUCCUAAAUAGUGGCUUUGAAGGGUUAGAAGGCAACCUCCCUGGCAUCUCAGUGCCACUGAGCACGGAUGCUGGCCAGAGCAGUUCAGUGGACCUCAGCUUGUCUUCCUGUGACUCCUUUGAGCUGUUCCAGGCCCUGCCAGACUACAGUCUGGGGCCUCACUACACCUCCCGGAAGGUGUCUGACGGUCUGGACAAUUUUGAGGCACUCCACUUUCCCUUGCCUGCCUUCUCUCCACCUGGGGACACCAGUACUUGCUUCCUGGAAUCUGUUGUAGGCCUAUCUGAGCCGGCCACUGCUGAGGUUCUGACUCCCUUUGUGGACAGCCAGUUGUUUGAGGACACUGCCCCAGCAUCUCUGGUAGAAGCUGUACCUGUGUGAGGACUGGGGUGCCUUUUCCUGGCCCCAGGAGCCCUGUUGCUGCUUUGUUGUCAUUUGGGGGCUCCCUGAGGUCUAUAUGUAAUAGCUCCCGUUGGCUGGCUCACCGGUGUGGGCACUCCGGGUUUUCAUGCAACACUUUGGAAUGAUUUUAUUUAUUUUUGUAACAUUCUGUGCUAAAGAGAGGGUGGGGAAGGGGCUUCCCCUUUACAUGCCUCCUCCUAACCCCAUGCCCGCAGUCUUUUCUACUUCCAUGGCUGGCACCUGCCAGUAAUGGGGGAAGGUGGCUCCUCUGGAGAUUUGCAGACUUCUUUCAUUCAGUCAGUCUUGUGUGAUGUUCCUGGCCCAAGAUGGUGAGCCGGGGUGAAAUCAGUCACUUUUUAUGGCUUUUCCUGCCACCCUGAGCCAUAGACCCAUGGGUGGCUGAAUCCUCUGGACUGUGAAAACUAAUUUAUUUCCAUAAUUUAUUGGAGACGAAGCAGCUUAGGUUUCUCCCCUCCAGCUGGUGGGCAGUGCUGGGGUCAGGGCGGUGCAUGACCCUCCCGUCACAUUGGCCUUCUAGUCCUGCAGCUCUGCCUUGCCAGGACUUCGGUGUGAAGCAGGUGUGGAUUCAGCCCCAAGGCCCACUGUGUCUGCUGCCCAAAUCUAGGUGGCUGGGCAGGGGAGAGGGGCUGGGCUGUCCCUCUGUGACCAAAAUUGUCUUCUGCCCCAAGCAGCCCCUCUACUUCCUGUCCUCUGCCCCAUCCCCAAAAGGUCAAAACCUUUAUUUUAUGUCCAUCAGUGUAGGAGGGGGAAACAGGAGGCCCAGAGAGGGCAAGGGGCUUGCUCAGGGUCCGUAGCAUGCCCCUGAUACUAUCUCAGGGCUUUCUGGGCACUGCACUCCAGCCCGGGCCACCUGCCCAGAUCUUAAGGCCCUUUGGCGUGGAGCGAGGGGUAAUUCCUAUGGCUUUUAAGCCCUUCAUUUGCAGAAGCUGAAUUUUGUAUCAUAAUUUCUAUAUUGUUCCUGAGUGCUAGAAGAACUAUAAUUUAUUCAUUUUUUUUCUCUGUGUCUGUGCCAAGAAGCCCAGGCUCUGGGCUUGCCUCAUAUCCCAGGAGGCCUUCCCAGCCUGUGUGCUUGUGGGAACACCUUGUACCUGAGCUUACAGGUACCAAUAA